GUAUUGAUAAACUGGAUAUAGUACAAAAAAGUCAUGUUUUCUCGAGUUAUAUUUAUAUUGCAGGUGUUUCUUGUUUUGACACACACGACAAAUGGGAGCCUUACGACAAUCAAUGGCACCUUAGUAGAAAUUGUAGAUAAUUGUACCCCUGGUGAUGACUCGACAUGCCCAACCGGCAAAUGCUGUGUUAAAGAGGGUCUUGCAUAUAUUCCAGAAUACACUGGACCAAAACCAGCAUAUCAGAUUGCUUGCAAACCGUUCAGACAGCAAGGGGAGUUCUGUUACCAUUCUCAUGUGAACACAAACACGCACGAGGUGUGUCCGUGUGCUCCAACUCUUAACUGUGAAUCACAUGGUAUCUUCGGUCAUUGUCAUUAAAAUGCUCGGCUAAGCAUAAAAUAUAGAAUAAAGCGAAAUGGGCUAUCUCUUAUCACACAA